UAGAUGACACUGAAACAGAAAUUGUGUUAAAGGGCGUUGUUCGAAUAGAAAAUUUAAAGACGCCCGAGGAAUUUAUCCCUCGAAUUCUAGAAAGAGUUCGCAAGGAGUAUCUACAACGCACUUACAAUGUGCAUGAGUGGGACGAUUAUUUGGAUUUUCUUGGUCAAGUUGCACAAAAAUAUGGAAAGUUAUUGAAAAAAGGUGAACCCGAUAUUCAAACCGUGUCAAAGAUAAUUUUGAAUGAUUGGUUACGUGGUAAAAUUCCUUACUUCACUUUGCCGCAAACUGUGAGCGAGAAUGUUGACAAUGAUAUGGAUCAAGAAAAAGAAAGUUCGGACACAAAG